AUGCAUCUAUAUGGGUACAUUGUGCUUCUCAUUGUCGUGAUUGUUUUCAUUGCAUUAUUACCGCUUUUUUCUGGUAUCGGCACAUUCAAAUUUACUAAUCCAAGCUCAUCGGCAACAGCACAACCAAAAACAGACAACCUAGGUAAGAGGAGAUAUUUGAAGAAUAAGCUCAAUCAUACUAAUGUGUUAAAGUUCGAUCUAAAGGACGGAGAGGGCACUUCUGGUAAUGAUAGUACGGGUGUGUCCUCUGCUUCUAAAAAAUUUGAAAUCGAUUCAAAGACAGGUCUAAAAAGACGUGUGAUUGGACAAUACAACAGAGAUCCAAACGAUUUUGAUUUUGAUAUCGAUGAAUUGAUCAAUGAAGAUGAAUUAGACGAACAAAGGGAAGAAGAAAAAAAGUUGAAGAAGUAUAGCGGUAAGAAAAAUGAGGCUUACGAGGGAUUCGUAUGA